UAUAAAUAUACCGCGCCUCGUUGCCUGUGCGGCGCCCCUCUCUCUCUCUCUCUACAGACUACAGUGCGUCGUCGUGUCUUCUCUUUCCUCUAUUUUAUCACCAUCCACCGCCCCAUUCCUGCUCUCUUCAUCUUCACCUUCACCUAGCUGCUGCUGCUGCUUCUUCUUCUUCUAUCUGCUACUAGUAGCUCGCAGAAAAAUACUCGCCUCGAUCGACAAGCUCUCGUUGUUACCUUACCAUGGACAUGGACACCUCGCACCACUAUCCAUGGCUCAACUUCUCCCUCGCCCACCACUGUGAAAUGGAGGAGGAGGAGAGGGGCGCGGCGGCCGAGCUGGCCGCGAUAGCCGGGGCGGCUCCGCCGCCGAAACUGGAGGACUUCCUCGGCGGCGGCUGCAACGGGGGAUCAAGCGGUGGCGCUUGCCCGCCGGUCCAGACGACGGCGCCGACGGCCGCCGAGCUGUACGAGUCGGAGCUCAAGUUUCUCGCCGCCGGCUUCCAGCUGAGCGGCGCGGCUGGGGCGGCGCCGCCGGUGCCCGCGCUGUUGCCGGCGGCUGCUCUAGAGCAGACCGACGAGACGAAGCAGCUGGCCUUGCCGCCGCAGGCCGCGGUGGCGCCGCCGCCGGAGCAGAAGAAGGCGGUGGACUCGUUCGGGCAGAGAACGUCUAUCUACCGCGGCGUCACACGGCAUCGGUGGACCGGAAGGUACGAGGCGCAUCUGUGGGAUAACAGCUGCCGGCGUGAGGGCCAGAGCCGCAAGGGACGCCAAGUGUACUUGGGUGGCUAUGAUAAGGAGGAGAAAGCGGCGAGGGCGUAUGAUCUUGCCGCGUUGAAGUACUGGGGUCCUAGCACCACAACCAACUUUCCGGUUGCCGAGUACGAAAAGGAGCUUGAGGAGAUGAAGCAUAUGACACGCCAGGAGUUUGUAGCUUCACUUAGGAGGAAGAGCAGUGGAUUCUCUCGUGGUGCUUCUAUAUACAGGGGUGUUACAAGGUUCAUAUAUAUAUUGGUCUUACAUCACCAGCAUGGGCGAUGGCAAGCAAGGAUCGGAAGAGUGGCUGGCAACAAGGAUCUCUACCUCGGAACAUUCGGCACUGAGGAGGAAGCUGCAGAAGCUUAUGACAUCGCGGCGAUCAAGUUCCGUGGCCUGAAUGCUGUCACCAACUUUGAGAUCGGCCGGUAUAACGUGGAGAGCAUAAUCAGUAGCAACCUUCCAAUCGGGAGCAUGGCCGGCAACCGGAGCACCAAGGCCGGCCUAGAGCUCGCUCCGUCGAGCUCCGCCGACGCCAUCGCCGCCACCGAAGCGAACCACACCGGCGUCGCGCCACCGUCGACGCUUGCGUUCACAGCUCUUCCAAUGAAGUAUGAUCAGGCAGAUUACCUGUCAUACCUCGCAUUGCAGCAUCACCAGCAAGGAAACCUUCAGGGGCUAGGCUUCGGUCUCUACAGCUCAGGUGUAAACCUGGAUUUCGCAAAUGCCAAUGGCAAUGGAGCCAUGUCAAAUUGCUACACCAAUGUCUCAUUACAUGAGCAGCAGCAGCAACAUCAGCACCAGCAUCAGCAGGAGCAGCAGCAAGAUCAACAGGAUGAUCAGUCACAAAGCUCCAACAACAGCUGCGGCUCCAUUCCGUUUGCAACACCCAUAGCUUUCAGUGGGUCAUAUGAAAGCUCCAUGACAGCAGCAGGCACCUUUGGAUACUACCCAAAUGUUGCAGCCUUUCAGACACCAAUCUUUGGGAUGGAAUGAUUUGGGGAGGUGGCACUUUGCAGGCAAAAAGGAUGAAGAGCCUGAUCCCUGAUCAGAGGUGAUGAGGAUCAAGACUGACAUAGUUCAUUCUCACACAACAACAACAACAACAAACAUAAAGAGCAGGGGAAAAGAGAGGUAAUGUAGUAGUAGUGGUAUGAUGAUAAAGUAUGAUGCAAACAUAGUAGGAAGCAGUAUGCAGGAGAGAGAUACUGACAGGUCAGAGACAGGAGGAGAAGACUCUGCUAACAAAACGAUGCAGCGCAAGCAUAUUGUUUUAUUUUACUGCCCUUUUACCCUUUUGUAGCUUUGUUUUCUUGUGCUUUUGUCAUCGCUGAGCUUUGUUUGCCGCUCAGCUUCUUUUGAGCUUUUCUUUCUACUGACAUGAUUCUGCAAGUGCCAUGAUAGCUUAGCCCAUGUACAAUGGAAGCAGGGACGUCUCUUUGUAGCUUUUGCUUCUUUUCUUUUGUUAGAUCGCCUUUGGUAGCGGCCCCUGUUUACUCAAGAAGUUGCUCUCCCUCCACAAGUAUACAAUGAAAUGUACUGCAGGAACUAAACAAUAUAAGUUUUUGUAACAUUUUCCAUAAAGUUUAGUUCCUAGUUUUCAAA